GAUAUCCAAAACUGAGUCAUUCCGGGAAAUGAUUCUCGGAAAAAGAAUCACCGCAGUGAUGUUUAUAGCAAACAAUCAUUUGUAGUGGAAUAACUGUGUAUGAAUGACGUGCGAAGUGCAAUUUUCGGUUUAAAAUGGAAUCCAUUCCAAAUGUGUUGAUGAACAGUAGUGUAGUGACGGCGCUCUCUGACCCUGAUCUGGCGGCGAUCGAGCUUUUUAAAGGAUAUCCAGAUGGACUGCUGGAGUUUGCGACGGCCUGCUGCGUUAUCUUCAUGCUGAUUGGCAUCCCUGGGAAUGUUAUCACUAUCAUCGCAUUGAUCCGCUAUGAAAAAGUGCGCAACGCAACUGCAAUAUUCAUUAUAAACUUGUCAUGCUCGGAUCUGUUGUUUUGCUGCUUCAACUUGCCACUCGCUGGUUUGACAUUUUACAAACGUUCCUGGGCCCAUGGCCAGCUUCUCUGCCGCCUCUUCCCGCUGGCAAGAUACGCCUUAGUUGCCGUAUCACUCUUUACUGUACUUGCUAUCACUGUGAACAGAUAUGUAAUGAUUGCUCAUCCAAAAUUGUACCCUAAGUUAUACAAAAAUCGAAACAUAGCAAUAAUGCUUAUCACUAUCUGGGCAGUUUCAUUUGGAGUAGUAACGCCAACAUGGUUUGAGAAAUGGGGCGUGUUUGGAUUAGAUACGAGCAUCGGAUCCUGUUCAAUACUUUGUGAUGAAAGAGGAAGAUCCCCGAAAAAGUCGCUGUUCUUAACUGCAUUUAUACUACCAUGUGUAGCGAUAAUACUCUGCUAUGCGCGAAUAUUCUUCAUAGUUCGCAAAGCGACAAUGAAAUCUUUGAACCAUGUGAAAAAGGUUUCAUCAACUCCAGAAGAAUCUUUAUCAUCGACAGCAUCCGCCCGAGUAACAACUGAUAAUACCAGUAGCUAUAAUAUAGAACAAAUUAAAAAUGCUCACGUUUCAUAUUCGUGUAAUGGUGCUUCGUCAUUGCCUCGUGUCGCUACAUUCUCGGCUGACACAAAGGAAGAAAUCGUCAGGCAUCCUGAUGAUAUACAUAACGAACCAGUAAGACUGCGAAGAUCUAAUUUAAGGAAGUCAAUGGCACUUCUGAGGAUAACGCUCCCUUCUAGAAAAGAUAGAAGACUGGGCACAAUGAUCAUUGCUAUAAUGAUAUCUUUUUGCAUAUGCCAUUUACCCAUCACAAUUACUAAGGUUUUGCGAGAACUGAAUCCCUACCCGGCAUCUAAUAUUGCAUCGUAUAUCCUCCUAUAUUUAUCGUCUAGUAUAAAUCCUGUUAUUUACGUGUUAAUGUCAAGCGAAUACCGAAAAGCUUAUAAAAAUCUAUUUAGGCGAAGAAACAAAGUGAAUAAAAUGUCAGUCAGAAAUAAUAGAUAACUAUACUUUGUAACAAAUAGCGUAGUUUAACGCACUGGAAACUGUUUCUAAUUUUAAUACUCGUGUUAAUGUUUAGCUUUUCUCGAAUGAGCUCUGACCCUUUUGUAUGAUUGCGAAUUUUGUGUGAGUGUAAAUUGUUUUGUAAAUAUAGUUAUAAAUAGGAAUUGUAAAUCUAAAUAGCAUGAACUCGUAGCUGCAUUAUAUACCAAUGAGCAAUUUGAUUUGCGACCAUAAAGACAAAUCGUUCUUCCGCUAAUUUAUUUUUCUUUUGUACUACAGUGAAGUGUUUCACUGUUGUAACAUCGAUAUUAUUUUCUGUAAGCAAGCUGUAUUAAAAAAAUCAUGUAUAAUUAUGAAUAACUAAUGUACUAAUUUACGAUUCAAGAUUUGAAAAAUGGUUUUGUUACCAAGAACCUCCUGAACGCACUGCAUCCGUGCAUUAUACGAAAAUUUAGAAUAAAGUAAUGUAAAUAAAGUAAAAGUAUAUAAAUGUGUUAGGUCUGACUGAUUGUUUUCUUAGUGUAAUUUUAGAAAUAUUUAGAUUCUUAUUAUUCCUAGUCCAGGUGGAAUUAAUUGUACGAUAGAAUUUUAAUGUAAUUUUAUUCUCAGAUUAGCAUACGAGUAGAUAUAUUUAAGAAUUAUGUAUUGUACAAUUAUUAUCUGCGUGCAUCUUUACAGUGAAUGUAAUAUUUUGAUUGCUAAUUCCUUCGCAGUUUUUAUUUAUAAAGUAUAAUUGUAGUCGCCUGUAAACGUAAACUAAAACACAUCAAGUUUUACAUCAAGGUGACUUCUAAAUGGUUGUUUAAAAAAUAAAACUUAACUAAUAAUAUUAGUUACUG